AUGAUUUGGCUCAAGCCCUGGCUAGGCUUGCCAAUUGUUGCGGUAGCAUUCCUGCUUGCCAACGCUCAAAAAUGCGCCAUCUGUCCGGAUGGAGGAGCCUGGACUGAUUGGGAGUUGAUCGGCGAAUGUUCUUGGAAUUGUGGCUACAAGGGAAGCCAAAAUCAGAGCAGAAAUUGCGUCUCUAAUCCCUAUGGAUGUCCUUGCGACGGCCCAAGCACGCGACAGAUCCCUUGUAACAACACCAUAUGUGAGUUCCCGAACCAGACGUGCGCCGAUGGGUAUUGGAAGUCCGGCCCGGAGAAUGGGGUCUACAUCUGUUCCCCGAUCGUCCCACCCGUCCCGGACCCGCUGGAGUCGCAGAUGCCAAACCCGGAUUGGAUGUGUUCUGAAUUUGUGACUACCACUACCACGACGACGACAGCAAAACCAAUCCGACCUAGUGCAAACGGAUCGCUGUGUGCGAAUUGUCCAGAUGGUGGUGCCUGGACCGACUGGGAGGAGGUCGGCGAAUGCUCGGGCUUUUGUGGUUACAUGGGCAGACAGAACGAGACCAGGAAUUGCGUUUCCGAGCCAUGGGGAUGCCCGUGCGACGGACCGAGCAGCAGAUUGAUCCCUUGCAACCGUACCAUUUGCCUAUUCCCUUUGCACGAAUGCGCCGCUGGGUAUAAAGUGGGCGGCCCCAUCGACAAAAUGUGGGUUUGUGUCCCCAUUGACCCACCGACGCCGGACCCGCUGGAGUCGCAGGUUCCGGAUCCGGAUUGGGAGUGCACUGAAUUUGACCACGACCACGACUUCUACUACCACUACUUCAACGACGACGACUACGACAACCACGACAACAACUACUACGAGUACGACUACUACCACUACUACGACGACGACCACGACCACGACGACCACGACUACGACGACAUCAACGAGUACGACUACAACUACAACUUCAACUACUACGACGACUACGACAACAACAACGACAACAACGAGUACGACUACUGCGACGACGUCGACCAGUACUACUACAACAACCACCACUACGACGACGACUACCACGACGACCACGACCACCACCACGACGACAACGACGACCACGACGACCACGACGACCACGAAGACCACGACGACCACGUCGACUACUACCACUACGACAACGACGACGACGAGGACAACUACGACCACAACAACAACAACAACUACUACUACUACGACUACUUCAACGAGCCCGACAACUACGAGAAAACCCUUCUCCCCGAUCACGUUCGUACCAGAGCCGACGUCGAAGGCGUGAUUGGGGCCCGAAAACGUCGUAGUCAGGAUCCGGCCCUAGAAGAGAAUUGUUAUAACCCUUACAACACCACCAUUCAAUGCACGGCUAAUAUGAAUUUAAUGGCAACGCAGAGGCUGUAUGAUAAGGAUCGAAACGUCGUCAGAACGCUAAAUUACUGCACUGGUGCAAACAAGGCAGCUGCAAUCUAUUGCCAGAGAGCUUCUGGGAAUUCGGAUAAUUAUUUUAUCUUGCAACAGGUUCAAAAAUCUAUCGGCUACUUCUCGUGCGACGUGGCUUGGAGUGCGGAAUGUGCU